AUGGCGGACGAGGAAGAAUAUGAAGAGGUGAUAGAGUACUACACGGAGGAGACAGUUUACGAGGAGGUGCCAGGAGAGACAAUUACAGAAGUCUAUGAAACUACGACGACAAGGACAUCUGACUAUGGGCAAUCCGAAAGUUCCACACCAGCGCUGGUACAGCCGCAGCCAGCAAAACCGAUGGAGCGGAAGAAGGUCAUCCGAAAGAAGGUGGACUCUUCUAAGUUCAUGACCCCCUACAUUCAACACAGUCAGAAAAUGCAGGACCUUUUCAGCCCGAAUAAAUACAAAGAGAACUAUGAGAAAGCAAAGGGACAGCCAUAUGCUAUCACAAGUGAUACUCCAGAACUUCGCAGAAUCAAGAAAGUACAGGAUCAACUCAGUGAGGUUAAGUAUCGAAUGGAUGGAGAUGUUGCUAAAACUAUCUGUCAUGUUGAUGAAAAAGCAAAAGAUAUUGAACAUGCAAAGAAAGUGUCGCAGCAAGUCAGCAAGGUUUUAUACAAGCAGAACUGGGAAGACACCAAGGAUAAGUACCUGCUUCCCCCUGAUGCCCCUGAACUUGUCCAAGCCAUUAAGAACACAGCCAUGUUCAGUAAGAAACUGUACACUGAAGACUGGGAAGCAGACAAAGGGUUGUUUUAUCCCUAUAAUGACAGUCCAGAACUGAGGAGGGUCGCCCAGGCCCAAAAAGCACUUAGUGAUAUUGCCUACAAAAAAGGACUCACUGAACAGCAAACUCAGUUCACAUCCCUGCCUGAUCCUCCAGAUGUAGAAUUUGCCAAGAAAGUAACCAACCAAGUAAGCAAGCAAAAAUAUAAAGAAGACUAUGAAAAGAAAGUCAAAGGAAAAUGGAGUGAGACACCCUGCUUUGAAAUUGCAACAGCCAGAAUGAACGCCGAUAAUCUUAGCACA